CCCGGUUGGAUCGUAUAGAGACAGAGCUACAAAUAUACAUAAAAUACGCUUUUAUUACGGAUUAAAAACAACACACAUGAUUUCUAACGUGUUUAAAAUGUAUUGUAUUGCGUUACUGCUCACAGAAGAUCUUUAAAAUGGUUCAGAACAUGUUUAGGACCGGGUUCCUGGUGCGGGCCACACACACCCUGCUCACCUGGGUCAUCACCCUCAUCCUGUUCCUGCACAACACCGACCUGCGGCGCUGUGAGGAGCGAGGAGAGCUGCUGCCUCCGGUCCUGUUCUUCCUCCUCGUAAUGUUGUCGGUUCUCUUGUACUUUGCCGUUUCCUUAAUGGACCCCGGCUUCGUCCUCACGGACACGGUGAAGGGUUCAAAUGAGGAAAUGGAGUCGAUGAUUCCUCAGACGUCGACCCCUCGGAUGCGGCGCUGUGGAUACUGCCUGCUGCAGCAGCAGCCAAUGAGAGCAAAGCACUGUCAGACAUGUAAGCGCUGCGUCCGCCGCUUCGACCACCACUGCCCCUGGAUGGAGAACUGCGUGGGCGAGAGGAACCACCGCUGGUUCAUGGUCUACCUGCUGGUGCAGCUGCUCGCUCUGCUGUGGGCGCUGCACGCCCUGUCCGGCCUCUCUCCCGUCGUCUCCUGGGACCAAUGGUUCCGGGCCAACGGGUUCCUGCUGGCGGCGCUGUGCGUGGUGGGCGUGUUCUCCGCGGUGGUCCUGGUGCUGCUGUGCUGCCACCUCUACCUGGUGUCGGUUAACUGCACCACGUGGGAGUUCAUGGCGCGCCACCGCAUCUCCUACCUGAAGAACCGCGGGGACGAGCGCAGCCCGUUCGAUCGCGGGCCGCUCUGCAACUUGCGCGAUUUUUGCUGCGCGCGCAGCGCGGUCACGUGGGAGGCGACGUACGACCGGAGUGCGCCCAACUCUGUCUGAGGAGCCUCCGCGAGCUCACGCAUGCGCCUCUGUGUUUACUGGAGCGGCCUGUUUGAGGAUAGUUUGCACAUUUUACAACCUUUUUGAAGCGGAUUUUUGAUACUGAAAACAAAAACAUUAUGUUUUUUUUAGUACGAGCACAUUUCUACAGUGUCAGCUUGUUGUUGUUGUUGUUGUUGUUGUUGUUUUUUGUCCAUCCACCACGUUGAUCCUGAUGGAAACUGCAGAUGUUCAUGCUUCUCAGAGGAUGCAUCCGUAAUGCCUUUGGUUUAAAAAAAUGAUCACUUAUAGAUUUGUCUUUUAUUUAAACACAAUAUUACAAAUUAUUUAAUUGACUCAGUUGAGCUACAUUAACGACCUGAAUAUCAAAACCAGUACCAAUAAGUAUUUCUACUUUUAUUGAAGUAAAUGAUCUGAGAACGUAUUUCUUUUCAGUAUUUGCAGAAAAUAGUUCCCGAAUAUUCCCUUGAAGGGAUGGAGCAUAUUUCUUAAAGUGGGGGUUGCACUAUAUUCACAAUAUUCUCCUCUCUCCACCUUUCUGAUGAGGAACUGAAGCCGUUAUUUGUGACAUCAUUUUACUUUUAGUAUUUUUGUUUGACUCUGGUCAGAGAGCUAUAUAAUUUAAUUUAUAUUAACCAGAGACCCUUUAUUUCUAACUCGGGGCAACAGGACCAAACCGUUGAUCAUAUUUAAGUUCAUCAUCACAGAAAUGUAUUUAUUGCAGAAAUAAAAAAACUGUAUUUUCCGGCAGUUUUGUUCAAGGAAAGAAGCAAAACAACCCGCUCUGUCUCUCUGUCUCAGGUCUCAUCAUCGCUUUCUCUUCUGUAAAUGAGUUGUUUCCUCUGGAGAGCGAUGACCUCAUUGUAACACAAACGGCUGUCGCUCUAUUUUAUGUUUUUUACUGUAAACAUUGAGAUAAUCUUAACAAGGUAUUUUUUUUACUGCAUUUAUUUUUAUUUAUUUACAAUAAGAGUACAUUAAAACACUGAUGAUAUGCAUAU